UUUUCAUAUACUAUUGCAAUAUCAUAUUUAAACUUGAUAUUUAGUUUUUUUUUGUUAAACAUGUUCCGACCAGUCUUUAUUUCCGCGCGCUUUUCAAGCCGCUCAGCGCAGCGCAGAGUUUACUCACAAGCGUCACCCACCCCAUCCUCUGCUUCCCCAACACCAGAGCGCGGCUGGCGCAGGCACCUGCAUGCAUUCAAGGACCGGCCAGCCAGCCACAUAACUACGUUCGCUGUACUCCACGAGAUCACCGCCAUAGCACCCCUAUUCGGCGUCUACUACGCCCUGGAUUACUUUGAGCCAAAGGUCCCUGUCCCGCAGGCUGUUCUCGAAGAAGGCAAUAGGUAUGUCAAUAGGCUGCGGCAGUAUGUCGGAUGGGAAGCGUUGGCGACGGAUUCGCCAGUGCUCCUGCAUCUGGCCACCAGUUAUGCUGUGGUUAAGGCGGCGGCUCCAUUUCGAAUUGCUGCUAGUUUGGCUAUGACGCCUUGGGUCGCUCGGUGGUGCACUGUGCCGGUGGUCAGGGGCAUUGGGAAGGCCAGAGCGGCUGUGCGCAGAGUCAAAAAUAAGUAAUAAAAAGAAGCAAAUAAACGUAUCGUGCGUCUGAUUUUGAUACUGCUUCUGCUAUUGUUUUGCUGAUCAGUACAGGGAAUUGUUGAGAUGAUAAAGAAGA